CCUUCAGUUAUACUCAAGCACUGCAGUGCCUCCCAACAAGAAAGACGUCUCUUUUUCAGUUUCCUGUGGGCCGGAUCCACAGACACUUGAAGACUCGCACCACAAGCCAUGGACGGGUGGGAGCCACUGCUGCUGUGUACAGUGCCGCCAUUCUGGAGUACCUCACGGCUGAGGUGCUAGAGUUGGCAGGUAAUGCUUCCAAGGAUCUCAAAGUGAAGCGCAUCACUCCACGUCACCUGCAGCUUGCAAUCCGAGGUGAUGAAGAGCUGGAUUCGCUCAUCAAGGCUACCAUAGCUGGGGGCGGUGUGAUUCCGCACAUCCACAAAUCUCUGAUUGGAAAGAAGGGACAGCAGAAAACUGCUUAGGAAGUGAUUUAACCACCUGCUCCCCGUUACUGUCUGUAGCUGGACAGUGGACAUCUGUGGGAUUGUGUGGAAACUUUAAGAACAGUUCAGUGGAAAAGCAUAGACAAUUGCUGUAGACAAGAUAAAAGAAACAUUUGUAUGUUUUUAGACUUGUGAAGUUUGAUAAGUCCCUUUCCCUGUGGUCAUGGUCAUGUGUUGAUUGGCCAAGUUUCUCCCUUGUGUUUUAUACAAAAAUAGAAUUGAUAAAACAUUUUUUACAAAACUAA